AUGCCCCACCACGAGUCGCCUCCCAUGGCCGCCGCUGUAGUUGCAAAGACCGCCGACCCUUCCCAGGCCGUUCCGCCAACGGCUGACGAAGUCUCCUCCCUCCUGAACAACUCCCUUACGGCAAAGACGUCGCAGGCCUCGCUCGAUGCUGCCUACGCGCUCUGCGGGCUCUUUGAGGGCUCCGUCGGAUUCCGCGGCCUGAAGGCCUACGGCAUCAUCGACGAGGUGAAGAAGGCCGCCGGCAACAAGAAGGAUGCUGUGAAGAAGGAAGGCGCCAUGUUCGUUUUGGGCGCCAUCUUCGAGCGCAUGCCUGCCCACCAGCCGCUGAGCGAAGUCGUUCUUCUCCUGCAAGAAGAGAAGCUGGUGCCGCUGUGCCUCGAUGCUCUGGCCGACAAGAACACCACCAUAAAGGAGUCCGCGCAGUACGCUCUGGACGCGCUUUUUAAGCAACUCAGGGCUGAGGCGCUUGUCUUCGGUCUGCUUCCCGUUUUGACCGAGUACCUCGCCAAAUCCACCGGAAAGUGGCAGGGUUCCGUUGCUGCCUUCUCCCUGCUGACGCAGAUGGCGGACAAGGCGAAGAUGGGCAUGGGCAGUCUCGAAGAGGAGACUGAAAAGGACGUUCUCCGCGAUGCCAUGGGCAAGAAGCUUGCAGGCCUCAUCCCCAUUGUCGAUAACGGCAUGCACGACCUGAAGGCCGAGGUUUCCAAGCAGGCCAUCAAGGCCAUGAACGCUCUCUCCACCCUUCUCCAGAACGACGACGUCACGCCCAAGAUCCCCCUUCUGAUCAAGGCCAUGGAGAACCCGUCUCCUGCCAGCACACAGAAGGCCAUCCACGCUCUCUCCAUGACCACCUUCGUUGCAGUCGUCACGGCGCCUGUUCUGGCCCUGCUCACGCCGCUUCUGGAGCGCUCUCUCAACAACCCUUCGACCAACCAGGAAGUUCUCCGCCAGACUGUGGUGGUUGUCGAAAACUUGACAAAGCUUGUUCAUGACCCUGUGGAGGCUAGGAACUUCCUGCCUAAGCUCAAGCCUGGUGUCCAGGCUGUCAAGGAUCGCGCUUCUCUCCCUGAAGUCCGUGAGCUGGGCGAGCGUGCCAUGAACGUUAUCAAGCACGCCAUGGGUGAGGAUGCCGAUGGCGCCUCGCCUAUUGAGCGCACCACCCCAGAGCAAGUCGGAACCGUGCUGGACAAGGAGAUUGCCACCAACGGUGGCCUUCUGGACCUCCCCGGUGACGCUGAGCUGUGGAAAUUCGCCCGUGCUUACAUCACCGAGAUGGUUGCGGAGGACGCUAACCAGCGGGCUCUUGACCGUGUCGUCAAGAGCAUUGAGCCUUACAUCAGGCCCUUGACGAGCGAGGGCAGCUCUGCUACCAUCGCGGAGAACGUUCACCGUUAUUUCCUCGAGGAGGACGAGCGCAAGUACGGCAAGCCCGUCGUCGAGGAUGAUGGUGAGACUGAAAUUGUCAACGCUACUUUCUCCCUUGGCUAUGGUGGUAUGCUGUUGCUUUCUCACACCAACCUUCGCCUCCUGAAGGGCCACCGCUAUGGUCUCUGUGGUCGCAACGGAGCCGGAAAGUCGACUCUGAUGAGGAGCAUUGCCGAGGGCAAGCUCGAGGGGUUCCCUCCUCAGGACGUCGUCAAGACUUGCUUUGUCGAGCACAACCAGGGUGAGGAUGCGGAAAUUACCAUUCUUGAGUAUAUUUCGAACGAUCCCAGGUUCAAGGACGAGAGCAGGGAACGCAUCUCUGAGGUCCUGGAGGAGGUCGGUUUCACUGCCGGUCCCGAAGGUCGCCAGUCCGAGAAGGUUGGCUCGCUCUCUGGUGGUUGGAAGAUGAAGCUUGCUCUCGCCAGGGCCAUGCUGAUGCGCGCCGAUGUCUUCCUGCUGGACGAACCUACUAACCACUUGGACGUUGCAAAUAUUGCCUGGCUGCAGGACUACCUCAAGAAGCACACAGAGAUCACCAGCUUGAUUGUUUCCCACGACUCCGGUUUCUUGGACGAAGUGUGCACCGACAUCUACCACUACGAGGGAAAGAAGCUUGUGUGCUACAAGGGUAACCUGGCCGAUUUCGUCAGGCAAAAGCCCGAGGCAAAGAGCUACUACACGCUUUCCAGCACCCAGGUUCAGUUCAAGUUCCCGCCCCCUGGUAUCCUCACCGGUGUCAAGUCCAACACUCGCGCCAUUCUCCGCAUGAGUGGUUGUUCGUUCACGUACCCUGGAUCAUCGAAGGCUUCUCUCAGUGAUGUUACCUGCUCUCUGACCCUAUCCUCCCGUGUCGCCAUCAUUGGCGCCAACGGUGCUGGAAAGUCGACGCUCAUCAAGGUCCUGACUGGCGAAGUCAUUCCGCAAACUGGCAAGGUUGAGAAGCACCCUAACCUGCGUAUUGGUUACAUCAAGCAGCACGCUCUUGAGCACGUUGAGAUGCACAUGGAGAAGACACCCAAUCAGUACCUGCAGUGGCGUUACGCCAACGGUGACGAUCGUGAGGUGCUCAUGAAGCAGACUCGUGUCCUGACCGCCGAGGAUAAGGCGCAGAUGGAGAAGGAGAUUGACAUCGGUGAUGGAAGGGGCCCCAAGAGGCUUGAGGCUCUCAUUGGUCGCCAGAAGUGGAAGAAGAGUUUCCAGUACGAAGUUAAGUGGGUUGGCUGGCUGCCGAAGUACAACACCAUGGUUUCCCGUGAAACGCUGCUUGAGCUCGGCUUCCAAAAGUUGAUCCAGGAGUACGACGACCACGAGUCUUCCCGUGAGGGUCUUGGUUACCGUCAGCUUGAGCCGAAGGUUAUCUCCAAGCACUUUGAUGACCUCGGCCUGGACCCUGAGAUCGCCAACCACAACGAGAUUGGCGGUUUGUCUGGUGGUCAGAAGGUUAAGGUUGUCAUUGCUGGUGCCAUGUGGAACAACCCCCAUCUGCUUGUUCUCGACGAGCCGACUAACUUCUUGGACCGCGACUCGAUGGGAGGUCUCGCUGCGGCCAUCCGCGACUACAAGGGUGGCGUGAUCAUGAUUUCUCACAACGAGGAGUUCGUCGGUGCCCUUUGCCCCGAGCAAUGGCACGUCGCCGAUGGCCGUGUGAUCCAGAAGGGUUCUCUUGCGGUCAACUCUAGCGCGUUUGAGGACAGCAAGCCGGGCAGUGUUGCCAGCUCCACGGUGCCCAGCACUGCGGCCAGCAGCGCAGUGAACUCGGAGGCCGAGGGUGGUGACAUGAAGUUCAAGGCCAAGAAGAAGAAGAAGAUGACCAGGGCUCAGCAGAAGGAGAGAGAGGUGAGGAGGCGUCUCAGACACAUUGAGUGGCUGAACAGCCCCAAGGGUACUCCUCACCCGCCGGAUACGGAUGAUGAGGCCUAA